AUGACAGAAAUAGCAAAUCUUCUACAGGUUCCAUUAAAACAAGGGACAAACAAAAGAGGUGUAUAUAAUAGAACUAUGAAAGUUCCCGAUGGAAUGAAGGAAUUAGUUCAUAUUGUUGCUGGUCUUCAAAAAGAUGUUAAAAAUCAACUUCAUGAACAAAUACAGGGAAUAAUAGAUUCAAAAGUUCCAGCAAAAUAA